AUGUGGAUUGCCUUGCUUGUCUUGUCUCGCUUUCUGUUUUCACUCCUUACUUAUUUAACACUCUUUCCUUUUCCCUGUCCUCUCUCUUUUUCUUUUCCUUUACAUUCCUUAUUUCUUUGGCGCUACGCUACUCACUCAUUUCAUUUAUCCCUUCUUUCUUUUUUCUCUUAUUUUUCCCUCUUUCUUUUUCUUUCUUUCUUUCUUUCUUUCUUUCUUUCUUUCUUUAAAUUCGAUUUUCAUUUCUUUAUCCCUUCUUUCUUUUUUCUAUUAUUUUUCCCUCUUUCUUUUUCUUUCUUUCUUUCUUUCUUUAAAUUCGAUUUUCAUUUCUUUAUCCCUUCUUUCUUUUUUUUGUCUUAUUUUUCCCUCUUUCUUUUCUUUCUUUCUUUCUUUGUUUUAAAUUCGAUUUUCAUUUCUUUAUCCCUUCUUUUUUUUUUCUUAUUUUUCCCUUUUCUUUUUCUUUCUUUCUUUCUUUCUUUUUCUUUCUUUUUUUCUUUCUUUAAAUUCGAUUUUCAUUUCUUUAUCCUUUCUUUCUUUUUUCUCUUAUUUUUCCCUCUUUCUUUCUUUUUCUUUCUUUCUUUCUUUCUUUCUUUAAAUUCGAUUUUCAUUUCUUUAUCCCUUCUUUCUUUUUUCUCUUAUUUUUCCCUCUUUCUUUUUCUUUCUUUCUUUCUUUCUUUUUCUUUCUUUAAAUUCGAUUUUCAUUUCUUUAUCCCUUCUUUCUUUUUUCUCUUAUUUUUCCCUCUUUCUUUUUCUUUCUUUCUUUCUUUCUUUAAAUUCGAUUUUCAUUUCUUCAUCCCUUCUUUCUUUUUUCUCUUAUUUUUCCCUUUUUCUUUUUCUUUCUUUCUUUCUUUUUUCUUUCUUUCUUUCUUUCUUUCUUUCUUUAAAUUCGAUUUUCAUUUCUUUAUCCCUUCUUUCUUUUUUCUCUUAUUUUUCCCUCUUUCUUUCUUUUUCUUUCUUUCUUUCUUUUUUCUUUCUUUCUUUCUUUCUUUCUUUUCUUUUCUUUCUUUCUUUUAA